AGAGUAUGGGGUGGAGGGUGAUGUGGUUCGUCUGACGGACCCAACAAGGUCGGACAAAAUGAGUAUCGAUCCUGCUGCAAUCAACAUGAUUGGAUCGCACCAAGCCAAACAUAUGCCGGAGCAGAGGCCCCGGUGGGGAGAAAUGGCGAAGAGCGAGGGUUAACUCAGGCGGCGGUAUAAAGGCAAGCCCAUGUCAUCACGAUAACGCAAAAGGGACAAGAUCGCCACACUUUUUUUCUUCUCUUUCUCAUGCGUUUGGUUCUAUUGCCUGGACGCUGGUCUAGAGAUUUAUCUCGGAUGACCACAAGGUGUUCGUUCAAUUGCCCGGUACAGGCUGAACGCUGCUUCGUCAUGAACACUGAGCAUGGACUAGAUGCAGCGAGGUCGUACUUUUGUGAUGCAAGUGUAGCUAGUUCAUGCGCACUUACUUUGGUUAUCAACAAAUCUGUUGCAGGCCGAAGUAGCCAUAGGUGGCGGGAGGAUGGAGGUGAAGCUCAAGGACCUCGUCCCGGCAGCGACUAACACAGUGAACACGACGUUCAUCGUGGUCGACAAGGCGCCCCGCCCGGCCCAGGCAAACGCGCACGGCAGGGAGGAGACAUGCCCAUCACUAGUGGCUGAUGAGACGGCGGCGGUGCAUUUCCUUCUGUGGGGCACCGAGUGCGAUGCCUUCGAGCCUGGGGACAUCGUGCGGCUCACGAAUGGCAUCUUCUCGUACCACAGGGGCAACAACCUGUUCUUGCGCGCCGGCAAGCGAGGACGAGUGGAGAAGGUGGGCGAGUUCACCAUGAUGUUCGUCGAGACGCCCAACAUGAGCGAGGUGAGGUGGGGGCCCGAUCCAGGCGACCCAAGGAAGAUGGUGCAGGAGGCUGUCGUGUCGCCCUACUCCCAAGUCUUCAAGCCGCUGCACUGAUGCCUAUCAUUUCAGGCUUCCAGCUCAUUGUUGCUCCAAGUCUCAUUAAAUCUUAUGCAAUACUAACCGUGGUAGUAAAUUAUGCAAUACUAACCACUUGCUGAGUUUUGUAUGCUUUCUCCUUAAAAUAUCACUGGGCCAUCGUUCUAAUGUCUUGAGAUGUUUCUCAUGUAAACAGAGCUCAUAGAAGAUUUAGCAAGCCAAAAGUAUAUCCCAAGCUGUGUUGAUGUGAACAACAGUGUAGCUUUUCCCCUGAAAUGUUCAAAAUACAACUGAAG